ACCUCGAUUGACACUCGGAUCAUUGCAAAUUUGUUCUGUUUUGUAUCGAUUUUUGUAGAAUAUUCAAAAUUUUCUGUUGUUUAAUGGAGGGAUUGAAAGAGUGUGAGGCUAAUCUGGUGGUGCAUCUGCAUCCGUCCAAGGCGAAGUGCGCCAACGAAGCCAUUCUUGCCGAGCUCAGCUCAAUGCUGUUCACGUACAAUGACACAUUUGAAGGAGUUGUUUUGGCAUACGAUCCAAAAAUAUGUAGUGAUGUGGCUAAGAUUCUGCCAGGACUUCAUCCGUAUUUUGGGGUGAAAUUGAAAGCUAAACUGUUGCUUUUUGAUCCAAAGCCUGACAUGAUUUUGGAAGGAGAGGUUGUUAUGAUUACUCCGCACUCAAUUCAUGCUGUGGUUCUUGGUUUUUCAUCUGUAUUUAUAUCGGAUGAAGACAUUCGUGAUGAAUUCAAGCAUAAAAAUAUACAGGGAGAGGAAACAUAUGUUAGUCAAUCUCAUAAAAAACACAGGAUUAAAGUUGGAACCGUGAUACGUUUUAAAGUGAAGAGCUUUGAUGAAGAGAUGCUUCAUAUGUCAGGAUCUUUGGCAGUGGAAGACACUGGCUCUGCUCGAUGGUUGGACAGAAAUUUGCAUGAAUCCACUCAGGCCAAUAGUACUGUUAAAAGAAUGAAAAAAGAAGAUGAUGAUGAGAAACCGAAGGAUCGUAACUUGGUGGUGAAACGGGAACAAACUUCGUUGGAGGAUAAUGGAAAAAUCAAGAAGGCAAAGAAAAGGAGAAAAGAAAAUAGUUGAAAACCUGUGAAUAGCUGUACAAUAUUGUCGGGAAAAACUGUUUUGUAGUGUUUUGAAGAUUCAAGAUGUAGGAACGAGACGAUACGCACCCAGUGGAUGGAUUGGAUAUGACAAAUGUGGAAGAAAGCUAAUUAUGUCAAUCGUGUGGAUUUACCGUCUCCCUCGGUACGAUUCUGCCCUUCCUAUUUUUUACAGAAUUCUUGGAAUUGCAUGUGGAUAACAAAGUAAUAGCCGAACUUUUACAAAUCCUUUACAAUGGAAUAUGGAUGUGGAUAUUUUUCUACACUAAAAGUAGUUAGAGUAGCCCUCACGGGUCGUGCAGUUCCUACUUUCUUCUUACAAAGAAUCAGCAAAUAGUAGCUUCGAGCACAUUGAAUACAA